CCGCCGCUUUCUCUCAGCCUGAACACAGCCUCUUUUCUCCCGCAGAUACCCGGCAUGACAGCCUUCCUCUCCGCUCUCAAGGAACAUCUUAAAGGACACCCAAAACUGCUUUUCCCGACGCUGUGCUUUCUCUAAAAAGCCGCCUUGGUCUGCUUGGGUGAAUAAAGAGCUGCGGUAAGGAGAGCGAGAGAGAGACAGAGAGAGAGAGAGCCUCCCCUCCUCAGCUGCCAGAUACCAGGGUGUUUUUAGAACUGCUGACUUCUGUGAUGUAUACUAAUAUGUGGUCAGUGGAGGAACAGUGAAGGAGCCAGAGGAAUCCGGGUUUGAUAUGUGGAGGCAAGACUGUGUGCUGGAGCCAGGGAUUGCCUUCUAAGGAGGAAGCUAGCACAACUGUUAUUUUCAUGUGAAACUCCACAACCUGCCGGCUGAAAGUCCUCAUCACUGUUCUCUUGUGCUCCAGUCAACAUAAUGGCACUCUCUCCGUAGCCUUCUGCUACCUGUUUGGCCUUUGUCCUGUUCUCAAAACCUUUCCAGUGCUGAUAACACUCAGAGACACAUUUUACUUUAACUGUGCAAACCAACAUCUGCUAUGGAUCGCCUGUGUCCGGAUGAAGGCGUGAGCCGGACACGGGCCCUCAUCGGCAAGCUGUAGCCGUCUGGAUUCUCUUCAACUUGCUUCCUGUGAAUUUACUCUGGAGUUAUUCUUUAUUUGGACCAGGGAUGGAUGUACCGGAAGCCAGCAAGCAUGGCAAGAAGUCAACAAGUCAAAAGCUGGAGGACCAGAAAAAGAUUUACACAGACUGGGCAAAUCAUUACCUGGCCAAGUCUGGCUGUCAGCGCCUCAUCAAGGACCUGAGCCAGGACGUCACCGAUGGAGUCCUGCUGGCACAGAUCAUCCAGAUCAUAGCGAAUGAGAAGGUGGAGGAUAUCAAUGGCAGCCCCAGGAGCCAGUCGCAAAUGAUCGAGAAUGUGGACGCCUGCCUCAGUUUCCUGGACGCCAGAGGAGUGAAUGUACAAGGGCUCUCAGCAGAAGAGAUCAGGAAUGGCAACCUAAAGAGCAUCCUGGGUCUUUUCUUCAUCCUGUCACGCUACAAGCAGCAGCAGCAGCAACAGCAGCAGUACUACCAAUCCCUGGUGGAGCUCAGCCAGCAGACCAGCAGCACCGGCCCGUCCGCCAGCAAGACACAAGAGAUGCAGUCCAGUCUCACAGCACGAUAUGCAAGUCCUCCGGGCCACAGUGGAAUAGGGUCACCACAGAAGAAGAACACAAGGUUACCAGGCCCUUCCAGAGUACCUGCUGCAGGCAGCGGGGCCUCUAGGAGCCCGGGCUCAUCCAACCUCAACCGUCGCAGCCAGAGCUUCAACAGCAUCGACAAGAGCAAGCCUCUUCAGUAUGCCAGCGGCAACGACAGAGAAGCAGUGAGGGGUAUCCCAGCACCCGGCGGGAUGAACGGGAGCGGUAUGGGUGGGGCGGUCCCCACCAGCCUCAGCGGGCAGCAGCUGGCCUCUGCCAUCCCCUCACCCAGCACUGGCAAGUCCUGGCGCAGCAAGUCCAUGAACCUCAAGCACAGUGCCACUUCGUCCAUGCUGGCAAGCCCCACGCACUCGCCCUCCCCCACACAUUCACCCCAGGCCUCUGAAGGACUUCUGCCACACGGAAGCGAUGGGUCAAAAGUAGGGCCGGCAGGCGGUGGUGGACCCCAGAGGUCGAUGCUGGAAAAGUUCCGCCUGAUUAACCCUAGGUCGGCUUCGCGAGCGUCGCCGUCUGUGGCAGACAUGGCGCUGCAGGAGGAGGACGACAUGUCGGAGUACGGGGAGGACGGACUGACGCCCACGGGGUCGGUGUGUGGCAGCAGCAGUAGCAGUGCUACAGCAAAACAAAUGCCUACCAAGACCCCAGCAUCGUCCCUCACUGCACCAAGCAAGACUUCCUCUUCUUCUUCCCCUUCCCCUUCAUUUUCAAAAGCCAGGUCCAUGUCCAAAGACAAGGAGGACAAAAGCAAGUCUGUGAAAUCUUCUAAGGACAGCUCUCCACCCAAAGAGGAGCGCGAGUUUGCAGACCCCACCAAGAAGAACUCCAAAAUCGCCAGCCUCAUCCCCAAGGGAGGGAAGCCAUCAUCCGGAAAGAAAGAUGGCGGCUCCUCGGCUUCCAGCGGCAUCCCUAAGCCAGGACUUAAAGCUCCCUCCACCACCACGUCCAAGCCUCAGAGUCAGACACAGAGCCAAAGCCAGGCCUCCUUAAACAGCAGCGGUAACAUGCGGGGUGGAGAGGGGGAGAGGGCCAAGCUGACGAAAGGAGGACAGGGCGGGAGUUUCUACAUACAGCGCUCCAUCGGAGGCCCAGAGGGCAAAAGGACCAGCAUGACCUCCUCCACCAGCACCUCAGCCCUGUCUGGGUCCAGUGGGAUGCUGGGAGGAGGAGGAGGGGGAGGAGGAGGUGGUGGUGGUGUUGGAGGAGGAGGAGGAGGAGGAGCAGCGCUUGGAGGGAAUGGAGUAGUUCAACUUCCUCAGCAGCAGCAGCACAACCACCCCAAUACUGCCACUGUGGCCCCCUUCAUGUACAGGACAUUCUCAGAAAACGACUGCACCAUGGUGGCCCCGGCCGACCCCUGCCUCAGCCCCACCAAGGGAGAACUGGUCUACAGCAAGACAGCCAAACAGUGCCUGGAGGAGAUAUCAGGAGAAGAUCCUGAAACAAGACGCAUGAGGACGGUGAAGAACAUCGCUGACCUGCGGCAGAACCUGGAAGAGACCAUGUCCAGUCUACGGGGGACACAGAUCAGCCACAGUACACUAGAGACAACCUUCGACACCACAGUAACCACUGAGGUCAAUGGGCGGAGUCUACCAGCCCUCACCGCACGCUCCUCCCCCAUGGCCUGGCGUCUAGGCCAAUCACAAACCCCACGUCUUCAGGCGGGCGAUGCCCCCUCAAUGCCCAGCAGCUACGCUGCGCCCAGGGCGAGCACGACGAGCGCUGGCACCACCACAGGGCGAUACAGUGGGCACUCGGACCCCUCAAGGUUUGUGUUCAGCGCCCCCCUGAGGCGAGCGGCAGCAGCAGCAGGGGCGAGGGGGGCGGAGCAGGGGGAGAAGGGAGAAGGAGGGCUGGAAGGAGGGAAGCAGAUGGAGGUGGCAGGGUACAUGAGUGAUGGGGACAUCCUAGGAAAGAGCGGCCGGAUGGAUGAGAUCACCAGCGGAUACCUUACAGACGGCGGCCUCCAUCUGUAUGCAAGGAACGCAGGCCGGGCCUCAGACGUGGCUUCUUCUCGAGAAGUAUCCCAGAGAGGGAGCAAAGAGGUGCAGGGCGACAUAGACAGUUGGGAUGACAGCAGCUCAGUGAGCAGUGGCCUGAGCGACACAUUGGACAACAUCAGCACUGAUGAUCUGAACACACCGGCCUACUCCGCUGUCAGCUCAUCACGCAAAAGCAAGGGAGCGCAGUCCCAGAGAGGAAGCAGGUCCAAGCAUGCAGAGCAGGAAGUGAGCAGCAGCUGGGCCGGAGCUGAGGACCUGAAGAAGGUGGAGGAGGAACUGGACGCAAGCAUGGACCCCAGCAGCGGCUCGUCCCGCUGGAAGCCUUCAUCAUCCUCCUCUUCCUCUCAAGCCCAGGGUCAGUACGAGGAGGCCGGCCAAAAGGCCGCCGCACUGGCACAGAUGUCCCAGACGGGCUCGUGGAGGAGGGGCAUGACUGCCCAGGUGGGCAUCACACCACCCAGGUCAAAGGGUACUUCUGCCCCCCUGAAAUCACCAGGCAAAACUGAUGAUGCUAAGGCCUCAGAGAAGGGCAAGGCACCUUCCAAGACUUCAGCUAGCAUCCAGCGCUCACCUUCAGAUGCUGGGAAGAGUAGUGGAGAUGAAGGUAAGAAACCUCCUUCUGGCAUCGCACGCCCACCAACCACUGGUUCUUUUGGAUACAAGAAGAUCCCGGGUCCCACUGGUGCCCUAAUCACCUCCAGUGGUGCAACGCUCACCAGCGGCUCAGCCACCCUGGGCAAGGCACCCAAAUCCUCAGCUGCCCUUGGAAAAGGCACAGGCAUCGGCGGCGUGCGUAAGACCAGUCUGGAUGGCUCACAGCCCCAGGAUGAUGGCGUUCUGCUCAGCUGCAGCGGCUCCAAAGUGACCCUGCAGUACCGCUCCCUACCCAGGCCGGCCAAAUCCUCCAGCGGGGUGGCAGCAGGACGCAGCGGGCAUCGCUCCAGCUCCAGCAGCAUUGACUCAAACGUCAGUGGCAAGUCAGCAGGAGGGGCAGCUACACAAGCGGGUGCCAAACGCAGGGAUGGGAAAAUGGGCUCCGACCGCUCCAGUCCUAUCACCAUUAACCAGACAGACAAGGAGAAAGUGGCAGUGUCAGACCAGGACACGGCAGCAGGACUAUCGACCUCCCCCAAGUCCAGCCCCACCUCCACUUCAGCAGGCCAAUCAGGCCUCAGGCAGCCGGGAUCCAAGUACCCCGACAUUGCUUCUCCUACGUUCCGCAGAUUGUUUGGCACCAAAGCCAGCAGCAAGGCCAGCUCUCCGGGCACGCCCGAAUCUGGCAAGUGCCCCUCAAUACUGGGCAGCCCCCACGGCACACUGGCAAGGCAGGCCAGUCUGGACUCACCCUCCUCUGGUACGGGGAGCCUGGGCAGCGCCGGCGGCCUAAGUGGUGGCAGCAGCCCGCUGUACGGUAAAACCCCAGACCUGUGCACUGACUCCCCGGCCUCCAGUCCGGCCUCUGGCCUCUCCCUGCCCUCCAACGCUCGGCCCUGGCCUGCCUGUAGCUCAUCAGCUGGCAGCAAGGACACACUGAGCUGCCAAAGCAUGACCAGUCUGCACACCAGCUCUGAGUCCAUUGAUCUGCCGUUGGGCCACCACGGGCCCAAGGUCACACGAACCGGCAGUGUCAAGUCCACCCUGUCUGAGGGCAUGCCUCUUGACAGAAACACGCUUCCCAAAAAGGGACUGAGGUACCCUCCAUCCUCCCGACAAACAUCCCAUGAGGAAGGGAAGGAGUGGUUAAGGUCCCAUUCAACAGGGGGACUUCAGGAUACAGGCAGCCAGUCUCCACUGUCUCCUCCUGGAGCUUCCUGCACCACUACUGGAAAAUACCACUAUUCCAACCUGCUGAGCCCCACUAACAUCAGCCAGUAUAACCUGCCACCAGGCAGCAGCAGCAUGAGCCGCUCCAACAGUAUCCCUGCCCAGGACUCCUUUGACCUGUACGGAGAGGGUCACCCACUGGGUGGCAGCGCAACAUCCCUGGAGGACAGAACACGGGCCAUCAGCCGCUCUGGCUCCUUCAGGGACAGCACUGACGAAGUCCACGGCUCUUCAUUGUCUCUGGUCUCCAGCACAUCUUCACUGUACUCUGCGACGGAGGAGAAAGCACACUCAGAGGGCCAAACAGUCCAAAAUUCCACGCAAAUCAGAAAGCUGCGCCGAGAGCUGGACGCCUCUCAGGAGAAGGUGGCGACCCUGACGUCUCAGCUGGCUGCAAAUGCUCACCUGGUGGCAGCCUUCGAGAAGAGCCUGAGUAACAUGACCUGCCGUCUGCAGAGCCUCACCAUGACUGCUGAACAAAAGGAGUCUGAGUUGGCUGAGUUGAGAGAAACAAUAGAAACGCUGAAGACCCAGAACACCGACGCCCAGACAGCCAUCCAGGUGGCGCUCAACGGCCCUGACCACCUACACAAAGACCUGCGGAUUAGACGGCAGCACUCCUCAGAAAGUAUGUCCAGUAUUAACAGCGCAGCCAGUCACUCCAGCAUGGGCAGUCUGGGCAAGGACGCCGAGGACAAAAAGAAGAAGAAGAAGAGCUGGGUGGCUGAUUCCAUCCCGGCUCAGUUACGCAGCUCCUUCAAACAGGCGUUCAGCAAGAAGAAAACCAAAUCUCAGUCAGCGCACGACGAGAUGGAGGAGAUGACCGACUCACUGCCGUCCUCACCCAAACUGCAGCACGACAACAGGCAAGGCAGCAUCGCCACGCUGCGCUCCUCACCGUCCACCACGGAGCUGUGUGAAUGCACCGAAGCCGAGGCCGAAAUCGUCCUCCAGCUGAAGAACGAGCUGAGGGAGAAGGAGCUCAAGUUGACAGACAUUCGCCUGGAGGCGCUUAGCUCCGCCCACCACCUUGACCAGAUUCGAGAGGCCAUGAACCGCAUGCAGAAUGAGAUUGAGACUCUGAAAGCGGAGAACGAUCGCCUCAAGUCCAGCGGGAACGCCACACCAACAGCGACGCCCAUCAAGGCGGCCCGGCCACCCUCUGAGACCUCUAGCACAUCCUCGUCCUCCUCGCGUCAGUCCUUGGGGCUGUCGCUCAAUAACCUCAACAUCACUGACACCAUCAUGUCAGAUAUUCUGCUCGACGACAGCUACGAGGGCAAUCUACGCAAAGAGGGCCGCAGUGUGAGAAUAGUAGUUACCAUCAGCACUGGGCCCAAAACCAUCAAGGGCACACAAAGCCAGGAGUACCUGAUUGGGUCUAUAGGCGUGAGUGGGAAAACCAAGUGGGAUGUGCUGGAUGGAGUCAUCCGACGCCUCUUCAAGGAGUAUGUGUUUCGGGUGGACCCUCUGACCAGCCUGGGUCUCAGCUCAGACAGCAUCGUCUGCUACAGGAUGGGCGAGGUGGUUCGCUCUCACGCCUCCGAAGUGCCUGAGCUGCUGCCCUGCGGCUACCUGGUGGGCGACAACAACGUCAUCAAGGUCAACCUCAAAGGUGUGAAGGAGAACAGUAUCGACAGCCUGGUGUUUGACACGCUCAUUCCGAAGCCUAUCAUCCAGCGGUACCUCAACCUGUUGAUGGAGCAUCGUCGCAUCAUCCUCUCAGGACCCAGCGGCACCGGCAAGUCCUUCCUGGCCGCCAAGCUGGCCGAGUACAUCAUUUACCAGAUGGGGCAGGAGAUAACAGAGCACAACGUGGCCAGCUUCAACGUGGACCAGAAUUCUAGCAAGGACCUGCGACAGUACCUGUCCAACCUGGCAGAACAGUGUAACUCUGAGGAGACGGACACAGAGCUCCCCACUGUGGUCAUCCUGGACAACCUCCACCAUAUUGGCUCCCUCAGCGACAUAUUUAAUGGCUUCCUCAACUGCAAGUACCACAAAUGCCCUUAUGUGAUUGGGACCAUGAACCAGGGAGUUUCCUCCUCUCCUAACCUCGAGCUACACCACAACUUUAGGUGGGUGCUGUGCACCAACCACACCGAGCCGGUCAAAGGUUUCCUGGGUCGUUUCCUGCGGCGGAAGCUGAUAGAGACGGAGAUCGAUAAGAACAUGCGCAGCAAUGACCUGAUUAAGAUCAUCGACUGGAUCCCCAAGACGUGGCAGCACCUCAACGGCUUCCUGGAGGCACACAGCUCCUCCGAUGUCACCAUAGGCCCCCGUCUCUUCCUGUCCUGUCCCAUGGAUGUGGAAGGCUCUCGGGUUUGGUUCACCGACCUGUGGAACUACUCCCUGGUGCCCUACCUGCUGGAGGCAGUCAGGGAAGGCCUUCAGCUCUACGGCAAAAGAGCAGCAUGGGAGGAUCCGUCCAAGUGGGUGAACGACACGUACCCGUGGAACGCCGCCUCGCUGCAGCAGGACGGCCAGUCGCUGCUGCAGCUGAGGCCGGAGGACGUGGGAUACGACGGUUAUAGCUCGUCCAAGGAGGGAGCCUCGUCCAAGCAGGUGUCUCAGAGUGACACAGAGGGAGACCCACUGAUGAACAUGCUGCUACGGCUGCAGGAGGCAGCUAACUACUCCAGCACUCAGAGCUGCGACAGCGACAGCACCAGUCACCAUGACGACCAGCUGGACUCCUCACUGGAGUCGGCCCUAUGAGACCGAGAGCUGCGCCGGGAGACAGCGAACCCUCGGAACGCCCAGGAGCCUUUGAAGCUCUGCCGCUAGCAGACACCCCGAUAGUGCACAGAUGUUCUGUAUGAAAAGUUUUAUUAUCCAAAAUGGUAUACCCACCAUAUGAAAGAAAAGGCCUAUUUUUACACAACAAUGGUGCAAUAUGAAAUCAGAUUAUUGUAUGUUUGAGAGCAGUAGCCGACUUGGUCCUCAGUGGUCAUAAUGAUAAACAAUCAUCCAAGUUGGGCCCGUUCUAUUUUAAACACAUUGAAUAGUCAGCUCAUUUUUAAUGGCUGUAUAACAUUUUAGAGUAUAACUUUUCAUAUAUGUGUAGACGGGGCGUGUCUGAUAAAAGGCAGCACUUCCUCUGAAGAUGACUUUUUAAGUAAGGAGUAAAUCAGAUCUGUGGCCGUGACGAGCCACAGAUGACUCCGUUAUUUGAACUUUAGGAGUCACAAGUGUCCGAAAAAAAAGAGAGAAAGCCAACAGAUGUGACAAAACUGGAUUUUUCUUUUAUUUUUGAAAUCCCAGAUAUAUCUUCAGAUGUUUACAAUGGGUGGCAAGGUUCUAUUGUUUAAGUCUUUCCUUGUUUACAGAGGUGCUUCACACACAGACACACACACACAAACACUCAUACAAAUGCACUUAAACACAGGCAGUAGGAGGUACACUGUCCUUUUUAAUCAGAGGCUUAAAUUGGUUCAAGCCCACAUGUGACCAACAAUCCAGCCUGCCAAAGUGUCCUUGAGCAAGGCACUCUUUACACCACCUUGGGACCCUGAGCUCUGACCCCACCUACUGAUGGAGUAAGAGAAUGAUAUUGUAGUGUUUUCAGGUGAUGUAACGCCCUCUGGUGGUCACAGUGGAGGCUUGCAGCUUUUAGAAAACAGAUUUUCAUUACGCACAAAUCAGAUUCAUCAGAUGGAUUUUGUGCUGCAGUAAUUUCUGACAGAGUCAACAACCAACUGUCUCCUCUCAACUUAUUUUAGAAGCUAAAGGACACUUGUUGGGCGUCUUUGCCUUUUCUCAAUAUACAGACAACUCUGCAGCUCCAUGAUGACUCCAGACAUGGUUGAUUUGAGUCAUUUGUAAAGCCUCUACAGCUCAACUACGACCACAAAAAUGACAUCCUCAUAACACACGCUUACGGCUCACAGCCAUCCUGCACCUGCCUGUCAUCAGUUGAGCCCCAUGGUGCUGGUCUCCUGCCCUGAGCCCCCUCAGUGUCAGGCACUGCCAAGCCGCUCCUCGCUGCCCUGCAUGCCAGCAACAAGCACAACGAAAGCGCAUUGUCUGUGUGUCAUCCAGCCACAUCGCUACUGUGAAGAAGAUAUGGACAAGAGUGCCAACGUUUCCUUUUGAGUUACUGCCAAAUGUGCACACACACACACACACACACAACCAUACAUAUACAGAGACUUUACACCACAAUGCACAGCUGACCAUGGUGGCAAACCUAGAUUAAGUUGUUCUUAGCCUUCUGCACUCUACAGCCUCUUGUCACUCCUUAGUUGAAACGCACCAUGAGAGCAGCAGGCAGCGCCCCCUGUGGGUCAUCACAGAACAACUUGAGUUGACCGUUCACUAAACCUCUGCUGAACAGCAAUUGUCUAAUCAGUGAACAAUCAGCAUGGCACGUCUGACAGGUCUUUGGAUUUCUCCACACUCCACAAACUCAGCAACAGUUAGGGGUCAAGGAUUAGUUAACGGUCAACUGAAUUCUUGUGACAUUUGCGUUAACCUGCAUGAAGAAGUCAGCAGGUGAGGAAAGUUCAAAAAGUAUGUGUUCAAUCAAUCAGCAAAAUAUCAGUAAUAUUGAAUUGAAUGAUGCAAGCCGACAUUUGAUAGUCUUGUUGAGCAUCUGCACCUGUGUGGGAUCCGUGAGGUACCAAAAAAAAAAGAAAGAAUCCAAAGUACUUUAAAAUUCAAGUGAACUCCAACAGCUCAAGAGCUGAAUAAGGGAACAAUGAUACUGGUGCUUUUCUCACUGCCUUAAAUGUGCAAAAGUUUGGGAGGCAUCCCGUACUCCCAUUGGCUAUAGUGAGAAGAAGAGAUGUUGACGGUGGAUGAUGAUAAUGAUGAUGAUAUUUGCUUCCUGCUACGUCAAAGAAGCUGCUUGUAGUCGGAAGAACAGCCUCUUUUUGUUUCGUUUUUUUUUUUUUUGUCCCUCUUCCUCCAAACCACCCGUCCUUGUUUCUGACAGUAAAGUCUAAAAAGAGUUGAUGCUGUAUUUAAAUUUCAAACUGACCAAUAUUGUAAAAACAUUGAAAAAAUAUAAGGGGUGGGGUCUUUUUUAGUUGUCAUUUUUCGCCCAGUUGAGCUGGGCUCACUUGAACUGACAGGAGCACAACCAAACUGUUUUGGGUUUUCUAGCCUGACGAGCAUGUUUUGAAGCUUUUUAAAGGGGGAUGCAUUGAGAAGAGACCUUUAUCGUUAUGUAUGCGUGUAUUGGACGGAAGCCAUUUUGAAUUUUGAUUGUCCUCUCUUUGUUUAAACGAGUGGGUUGGUUUUGCACACUUUGAGGUGGGGGUGGGUUGUAAAUACUUAAGUCUUGCACAGUGAAUCAAAGAUGCAUUCUGCCCUGUUGAUGUUACAAUAUGCUUAACCCGCUGAGUAAAUUAUUGUACUUUGAAAACAGAGAGAAAAAAAAGGAAAUGCAAAAACUCAACACGCUGUCAGAAACAGGUGUGUGUCUUGUGGUGAUUGGAUGUUUUGCCUAUGCAGGAGGCAUACGGUGUACAGUAAGAAGUUUUUUUAACUCACUAAAAUCACAGAGAAAAAAAAGAUAGGCACUUUUCCGGUAUCCCCCCAUCCUGCCAUAUUAUUCUCUGGAUCUUCUCCGUCUGUAGGAAUGCCUGUUGUUCCUUAGAAGCUUUUCCUCUCUGGACAUUUUAACCCAAGCUUACCGCCACGUUAGGCUUGUCAGCUGUCCGAGGCACCGAAGCUGACCUGACACCGUACUGUAUACAUUUACCAACAACCAACAGGUGCUACUGGUCAGUCAGAGUCCUUCAGCGACCAAGAAGUCAUGUUGUCACAACCUCAGGACAAUCCUAUCCUCUACAAUCCUACCUGUGUUCAGCUUCACAGGUGUCUCUGCAGCCAAGCCUCUGAUGGUUCGCACAAUAUGUCUGGCCAGCAUGGCCGGCCUUGUGUCUGCAAGGGUGUUAAAUUGCAUGACAAGGGGUUAGUUACUAUGGUAACAGGUUGCUCCUUACUUACGGUUACACCCAUGUAUCAAACCUGAGCAUAGAUCUCUGACAAUUCACCCUCUCAGCUACUCUACACUCCUGCUAUAGGCCAUUAGUUCCCGAGCUCGCAGAACGUUGACACCGUUAACAGUGUACACCAUAGUCUUGAUGAUCAACUGGUAAUUUUUCCCACUUAACACUUUGCAGUUACAUCUCAGUUGAAAACCAUAGCAUUUACUCUGGUUUGAGAGAAAGUUUUCUUCUUUUUGGGUGAAACAUUUGUCCUUAAAUGUUUUAUAUUUUGUACAUUUGUAUGUAACAUAUCAUGUAAAUAGACAGAGACAGUGAUUUAACUCAUCUGGAGGAUUUUGUAGUCUUUGUAAAGCCCUAAUAAAUGGUAUUUGGUGUCACACGA